AUGUCCGUCUCUCGAGUAUUCUGCCGGACAUUGUCGGUUUCAAACUUGCUCAAUUAUAAGGUGGCAAUUGUUGGAUCUGGCCCCGCUGGCUUUUACACCGCACAUCAUCUUCUCCAUAAGGCGAAUGGUCUCGACAUCUCUGUCGAUUUCUUCGACAGACUUCCAGCUCCAUAUGGUCUUAGUAGGUAUGGAGUGGCUCCAGACCAUCCCGAGGUAAAGAAUUGCGAAGAUUACAUGGACAAUUUGAUGGAAGAUUUCCCGAAACAGGUCAGGUUCUUUGGAAAUGUCAAUAUAGGCAACGAUUUGUCCUUGAAGCAGUUGAAACAUCAUUAUGAUUCCAUUGUUUUGGCUUACGGAUGCACGGGAUCAGAUAAUAAGUUACUUGUUCCAGGUGAGGAUUUGCCAGGUGUGAUUCUGGCUCGCCAAUUCGUCAAUUGGUACAAUUCUCAUCCGGAUUCCCUUUCUGGGCCCAAGAACAUUCCUCCUCCCUUAGAGAAAAUCAAGAACGUCACUAUCAUUGGAAACGGUAAUGUGGCUAUCGAUGUUGCCAGAGUGCUUCUAGCAGAUCCAACUAAACACUGGGCUACUACAGACAUUUCUACGGCUGCUGUUAAGUUACUUGAAAAAAGUAAAGUGAAAAGAGUGAAUAUCGUCGCUCGUAGAGGACUUCUCCAGUCGGCAUUCACCAACAAAGAGAUACGUGAGCUUCUACAACUCUCGAAAGAGCUGAAAGUGCAUUUUAUUCCUAUUUCUGCCGACAUUCUUGACCCUAUUAAGCCCACUGCCAAAUCUCUAGGGAGAGUCGAUAAGAGAAAGUUUACAAUAUUGGAAAAGGCUUCUGCAGAGGUCCAAGACUUUGAUAUUGACUCUAAAAUAUGGGCUCUUGAAUUCCUCAAGAGUCCUAAGGAGUUUGUUGUGAACCCAAAUGACCCACAACUUCUUGCCAGUACAGUAUUUGAAGAGAACGAAUUGGUGGAAGACAAACUCACGCAACGAGUCAGCGUCAAGCCUACAGGAAAGUACACAAGCAUUAAAAAUGAAUUGGUGAUAACGUCUAUUGGGUACAAAGGGGUGGAAUUGAAAGAUUUCGACAGCGUGGGCAUUACCUUCAACACAAAGAAAAACUGUUUGGCCAACAGAGAGGGCCGGCUUCUCAACAAUGAAAGCACAGAUCCCGACCACAACUUUGAAUAUAUUCGCGGAUGGUACACAUCGGGGUGGAUCAAAAAGGGUCCACAAGGAGUCAUUGCUACCACCAUGAUGGAGUCAUUCGAUACAGCAGACAAGGUGUUGGAGGAUCUCAGCAAUGGCAUUCACAACGAGUCCCAAACUGAAGAUGACAUUGUAAAGGAAUUGCCAGAAACAUUUGUGGAUUGGGCUGGCUGGAAGAAGAUCAACGAUGCAGAGAUUGCUAAAGGAAAGGAGAUGAACAAAACGAGAAACAAAUUUGCGGAUGUUGGAGAUAUGGUCAAGUGUGCACAGCUAUGA